GUCGGGGCAGGUGUCACAGGACUCUCAGCUGCACAUACACUCUGUGCGCUUGGCCUAAAUGUAGUGCUGCUCGACAAGGGCCCCUCUGUGGGCGGUCGGAUAGCAACACGCUACUUUGACAAAACUGAUGGCCAACGACGGUAUGUUGACACUGCCAGCAAGGAGAUCAUGCUCACUGAUGGCUCGACGGAUGCAUUCAAGGCUUUACUCGUAAAACAGCAGCUGUGUCAAGCAAAAGAAACGCGAGUGACAGGCCAACCUGGUCUGAAUGCAUUCGCCAAGGCAUUCGCAAAGCGUCUGCCGGCCGGGAAACAUGAGAUUCUGACACGAUGCACCGUAUCAGACAUCACCUAUGAUCAAAAGUCUUCCUUGUUUACAGUGUCUGCCGAGCUCAAGACCCCGGGUAAGGAUGGCGCUGAGCAACGAACAUUCUCAAGCAAAGGGGUCAUCUUGACGGCUCCGGUACCACAAACCAUCAAUCUAAUCAAAGGCUUCAAACGAAUGAUCCAGGAGCUUGACGGAGCAGCAGAGUAUAGCAAGUCCAUCAUCCUGUUGCUGUGGCCAAAGAAGGCGAUGCAAGUGGACGAGCUCAAGGACAAUGCCAACAUCCACAAGGUCAGGAUACACUUACACAUCCAGGCGAAUGUAGAGCAAGGCGCCGUCCCACUCUCUGUCCAUGCGACCCCUGCUUGGUCAGAAGCUCAGUAUGAAGAGACCGACAUUGAAACGGUUGAAAACCGCAUUCUUGACUUCAUUGGACAGUCGCGCGAUGCAUUCGACAAGGUGCAACUCAAAAAGUGGCGAUACUCACAACCACUUGUAGAUGCAGAAGCCGUACGACAAAGUCAGUCCCCGUCUUGGCGAGCAGAUCCAAAUGGAAGUCCCUUAUUCGUUGCAUCGGACGCGCUUGGGCCUGGCCUGAUUGGCGAGGCAGGGACUGCAGGCAUUCAAGCGGCCGAAGCCCUCCAUCAGCGUCUUGGUGGCAGUAAAUCAGUCAUAUAGUAAUAUAGAAGGCAUUAGGGAACUUAGUCUGCUACUCACGUAAAAUCA